AUGGCUGCUUCAAAUCUGGAUGCCUCCUUGGCAGCCAUCGUCAGCACUCUUGACUGGGAAAAAGUUCCUGACAAACUGCACUGCGCCUCCUGCCACAAAUUCAACCUCAACGCUUACAAGUCUACGUGCUGUGAUGGGUACAUCUGCGAAUCAUGUUUCAACAAUGCUCGUGAUGUCAGUUGUCCUGUCUGUGACCACAAACCCUUCACCUCCGAUGUCUGCAAACCAAACAAAGCGAUGCGUAACACCAUAAAGGCCUAUCUGAAAACGGUGGAAAAAUCCAGGGCCGACGAACGAGCCAAGUCAAUCACUGCAGAAGAGACACCCACCCAACCAAACAUGGCCGAGGACGGUGCAAGCAAGGAUGGACAGGAAGAGGAACCUCCUGCGACGGCAACCGUGGUACAUGAUCAGCAGCAGCCGGUCGACGCGGCGGAUGCCGACGGGACACCGGCUGUCGAGGUUCAACCGUCGAUUGAGGAUCCGGAUCCUGAUUCGCUGGACCUUGACGACGACGUUGACAUCCAGGUCGAACUCGAGGAUGAUCACCGAGAGAUCUCGACCCAACACAUGACGAAUGCAGAAGACACAUUGCUAGAUCAGUCUAUGUCUACCACUGAACUCAAAGCGAACUCGCAAGACCCAUCCAACAACAACCCAGAAGGUAUGAGCGGGAUGGAUUUCUCAAACAUGAUGAACGGCUUCAACAACAUGGACUACAAUCAAAUGAUGCAAAUGAUGGCUGCAAAUGGCAUGACUGGGUUCAAUCCAAUGAUGGGAAUGCCUAUGGGUAUGAAUCCAAUGUCGGCUGGCAUGUUUGGCGGGUUUGGCGGUCCCAAUGGAGGCAUGAAUGGCUUGAACAUGGGAAUGAAUUUUAAUCCCACCCAGGGGAUGUUUUCUGGCUGGAAUAAUGGCCAACCCAACAACAAUAUGUGGCAGAAUAAUAAUGCAAAUGCAUUCUCGAAUGGCAUGGGUGGUGACCUUGGUUCCAACUAUGGUUUCAAUAUGGCCCCCAAUGGAAACUUCCAACAAUCAUAUCCCAAUGGUGACUUUCAGAGUGGUUACUACGGCCGUGGCUAUGGUCGAGGUCGUGGACGUGGCCGUGGCGGCUUUGGUAGAGGCCGUGGUAACUUCCAUCAAUACUCGCAAUACCAUCAACAGGGGCAUCAGAAUGGAUUUGAUCAGAGACAGUACGAUAGCCAGGCAUCACAGUCCCAGACUACAGAGACUCGGCCCAACGAUGCAGCGGGUGACCAGAGAUCCAAAAACGCCUGGACGGAUACCACCCAUGAAGACGCCGAAUUCGCUCCCGGCGGCCAGGAGGAGGUUUUAGAGGCCCUCGGAGACGACUAUCAGAAGCCUGCCAGCGGUGAAAAGCAGUCUGUGGAAGCUGCUGUCGUUGCGGAUGAUGAACGCGGCUCCCAAGCAAAGGAGCCGGAAAAGGUGGACGAAGAUCAAAAUAAGACUAAGAUCAAUGACGCUGCGACGCUAAAUGAUGUUGAUGCCGUUCAAUCAAAAGACAUUGAUUGUGAUGCGCAAGGUGCUGACCAAAACAAACCAAUACCAGAAGCCUACAAUGAAGAUCUCCAAGGACCGAUGCCGCCGCCAUCAGCGCCGCUAGGUCCGUCAGCUCAGUAUGGUGAUCACAUGAAAGACUUUGGGUUUCGUUCUCGAGGACAUGGUAGGUUUCCAUCCCGUGGCCGGGGUAUGAUGCCUAUGUCGAAUGGUCGUCCUGCUUCACCAGUAAAACCUCAUACGCAAGCACCUGCGUUAAAAGGUGUUGGUGUCAUAGGUGCACCGACGGGUCCUAGAGCGAUGCGUGAGCCACCUGCACCGGCCAGAUCAGCUUCUCGGUCCGCAGCAACGGGAUUUCAGAUCAUGGGUAGAGCAUCAAUGGCACCCCGACGGUCAGAAUCUCGAGAUUUUGAACCAGCAAGCAGCAGCAGGCCGCCGACCCAAGAACAGGAUGAAGCUCGAGACCGGGAUCGUUCGAGAAGGCCGUCCAUACAGGACAAACAUGACCAUGGACGGGAUGAGGUUGAGAAGGAAGACGAAGUUGGUUACCGUGACAAAGACAAGCGACAUCGGAGAUCCAAGCAAAACGGCCAUGAUGAUUAUGACCGAGAGACGCGAGAAGGCUCGUACUCGCGGUCGGACUCAGCGGACAGGAGAUCUUCACGUCGAAGUCGAGGUGACAAAGAGAAGUCAUGGUCGUCGACAAAGCUUCAGCCAUCCCGCUCUCGGCGGUCUCGUGAAGACGAUGCCGCUGGAGAUCACGAGAUGCAGGAUUACGACGAGUCGGUCCAGUCAAAUAGGGAUAGGCAUGAUGGCGACAGUAGGAGCAAACAUCGAAGCAGCAAGUCAUCAAGACACGACGAGCGAGAACGAGAACGAGAACGAGAACCGGAACGCCACCGGGAACGGGACAGGGAGCGCGACAAGGACAGAGACAAAGAGAGAGAUAGAGAGCGGGACCGAGAUCGAGAUCGAGACGAAAAGCAUCGAGACCGCGACCGGGACCGGGAUCGUAAGCGGUCUCGCCACGACCGUCACCAUGAAGAUGACAAGCCCCACGACUACGACUACGACUACGACCACGACCACGACCACGAGCAUGGAGCAGACGAUCAGGAAUCACGGCACCGGUCACGGCGGCACAAGAGAGAUCAUCGCCGGGACGCCGAUGACGGUGGUGUGUCUGGUUCUGCUUCGGCUUUGAACGGUCGCUCCCACCACUCCCGAGCGACAAGUACAGCUACUCCGUCGCACCCACAGGCGUCGACAUCUGCGGUUCCUGCAGAAGUAGAAAAGGACCCGCACACUCUUGAGCGCGAGGCCCGUAAUCGGGAGAGAAUGCUCAAGGAGCAACAGAGGCGAGAAAAGGCGGCCAAGGCCAACGCUUCUACGGCGUCUAGUGGUGGCGGAGGAGGGAGCAGACGCAUCACGUACAAAUACGAAGAUGAGCUAGAGCGAGGCCUGAUGGAGGGAGAGAGAGCCAACACAAGAUGGAGGUAA